CUUUUAAACAUCUCUCCCGCUCUCUUCUGUCUUCUUCAUUAUCAGGAACUUUUAUCAGUCAGUUCUUUGCUUUUCAUCCAUAAUCGGUUUCAUAUCUCUUCAUUUAGAAGUUUAGUAUGGGACGAGUGAAAGAAUUUAGAUCUAUUUGCGGUAUGGAAGAGUUAGGAGCAAUUCGCCAACUCGCAAAAGCUGUUGUAGCUGAAUUUUUAGGUACCGCAAUUUUGGUACUUGUAGGUUGUGGUUCGUGUAUUGGAGGCUGGGGAGAAAGUCCCACUAUUAUCCAAAUAGCUAUAGCCUUUGGAAUUACAGUAGCCACAGUGGCCCAAUGUAUUGGAGGAAUUAGUGGCUGUCACAUUAAUCCAGCUGUCACUUGUGGCAUGAUGGUCACUGGAAAAUGCUCAUUUUUGCGAGCCGGACUUUAUAUUGUUGCUCAAUGUUGCGGAGCAAUAGCAGGAGCUUCUAUUUUGAAAGCUGUAACCCCCCAAGCGCAGGUUGGGGCUCUUGGAUCUACUUUAAUUAAUCCAGAGAUAACAGCGUUUCAAGGACUUGCUGUAGAAUUCUGUAUCACUUUUGUUCUCGUAUUUACUGUCUUCGCUGCCUGUGAUGAUCAUCGAUUAGACGUACAGGGUUCGAUUCCCCUCGCUAUUGGGCUAUCCAUCACGGCUUGUCACUGCUUUGCUAUUCGUUAUACUGGCUCCAGCAUGAAUACAGCCCGCUCAUUUGGCCCAGCCAUUGUUACGGGACUUUGGGAAAACCAUUGGGUAUACUGGGUUGGACCAAUUCUUGGAGGUGUUGUUGCUGGCCUUCUGUACCAACAUUUAUUCGCUUGCCCGCCACCUGAACAGGAUAGCAUCGAUCGUUUAAAGCUGCAAUCAUUAUUGAAGUUGAGAGAAAAAGAAAUAAUAACCGAUCGCACAACUUGCAUUUAGAAGAAAGAGAAUAUAUUAUAAGAAUUUGCAUUUAAAAUAACUUUUUUUGUGUUCUACCGUAUUUGAUCUUUCAGCAUGUCUCUUUUUAUUAUCUGGUGAAAAGAUAUGUAUUAUUUUGCAUUAUUAUUUUCUAUGGGUGAAAUCUUUUCAUCAGAUCAUUCGUAUAUUUUGCAUUUGUUUUUGUGUUAGGUUUCUCCUCUGAUUGCUAUAUUUAAUGCAAAUUGAAAGGUCUAUAGAGACCGUUUUUAUGAGACUUAAAUUAGAUUAUUCCGGUAAAAAUAAUCUUAUUGCUUUAUUGACUUGGUCAAAAUAUUUUUAUACUUUAAAAUUUUAGCUAAUUUGGUAACGUGAGGAUUGUUUGACGGCACAAAGUUUUUCCAGUUAUUAGAGAAUUAACCUUAUCAAGAUUUUUUUUUUACCAGCACACAAAUACACACUUCAGACUUGUACUUAUCGCUGUACUGAGAAAAUUUACAUGAAAGACAUCAGUUUUCAACACAAUAAGCGAUAAAACAGGCUUCUAUGACGCUCUGUUCAAAACCUCGUCUUAUCCUGACAACUCGAUAAAAUAACCAAAGCUAAAAUAGCAUUUUAUUAUGCAAGUAAAUAUUUUUAUGCGCUGCAUAUUAAACUUAGUUCUCAUCCAAUCGAAAAAUUAUUUCUGACAUCCAUCUACAUUUUUUUAUGGCCAUAAAAUUGAAAAAACUAGAAUAAAGAAUGUUUUUUUCAUCCGAUAUUCAAAGCUAUGUUGAACUUAGUUCUACAUAUUAGUAACAAGAUGAUAUUUUGAAAAUUUCGGGGAAACGGAAAAAUGAGAAUGUUAACAAAUGAUUUCUCUUAUUUUCAACUAACCUUCCCCACUUGCUAAGUCUGACGAAAACUUAAUUUCCGAAUUUAACUUUUUUAAAUAUAUAUAUACACAUAUUUAUGUAGAUAAAACCAAUUAGAAUCGUGAUAUAUAUUUUUAGAAUCCUUGUAAGGAUUUAAAUAAAGAAAAUAUAUAAACAUUAAAAGUUUCAAAUUUUAUUGAUAGGUUUAUCAAAAUUUUAAAAAUCAUUAUCGAGACAGAUCAGAGAAGAAAAUUGUAAAAAUAAUAGUAUAAUUACAUAAAAUUAUACAAAAUUAAUAUAUUUGUUUAGUGGAACGGAAAUGUUGCCAUAUUUCGUUGUCUCAGAUGUAUCUACUUCUCAUGAUUUUUAUCCAUAAAAAAAGCAGUCCAUCUGCAUUUUAUGAAGUUUAAUGCUUUGUGACAAACGAAUUUUACUAAAAACAAAUUUUAAUAGUUUAAAAAGAGGAGAAACAUAAUACAUUCAGUUUUAUAGAUUUAGAAAUACUAUUCAGACAGCAGGCUAAUACUUAUUUUUUAACUUUUCAUUUUACAUGCGUCGUGAAUACGUGAAAUUUGCCAUUUUCUUAUUGUAAACUCAUUGUGUAAAUAAAAAAAUCAUGAAAAAUAG